AUGAGCUUUUCAAUCGUACAGGGCCUAAAAGACGAAUGGCUUAACAAACUAAAGACGAAAACAAACCGCAAAGUAUGCAUUUACUACAAGAAAGAGCAUAGGAAAAGCAUUGUAUAUUUCCAAUGCGGUGAUAAACUGGCAAUCGGUGAGCACCGAGAUGACGAUCAUGUUCUUAUCGUGCAGAAGAGCGAUUUUGCAGACAAAACCUGUUUUACAUUCUUUUUGUCGAACGAGAAUGUGCCAAGAAACUUCAACAAAAUACCUAAAAAAUACGCCAAUCACCUUUCGAUCACGCAGUACUACGAGAAGCCGUGCGCACUGAACUAUGUUGUUAGUCCAUGCAAUUACACUCCUCUUGUCUCGUUUAUACACAACAAACGCACAUUUUAUGCAUUUAUGCGUAACAAUUCCUUUUAUAUAUGCAUGAAUGACAAAAGGAUAAAAGAAACACUGUUCGUAAUGUGCAUGAAUGAUCGGAAGAGCAAAAAUUUUGUGGACCGGAAAAAUACACUGGUUGUGUUGCUGCCCACCAAGCAUGUGAUGGCGUACGAUGCACACAAAACGGCAUUUUCAUUCCUUGAGGAUGCUGUACAUGACGUGCCGAGCAACAUCCUAUCAAAUGCUCACAACACCUUGGUGAUGCUCAACGAGCAGGUCCAAGCACGGUUACGUAUUUGUGCGUUUGCUAAGAUACCAUUGUUAAAUUACAGUGUAGACAGUGCUCUGAACAAUAUCUACAAGGGAAUGAUGCGUGCAAAUAGAAUGGUAAAGAAUGAGGGCAUUGAUUUCGAGUGGUAUGGCACUGAGGAGACGCUAACAAGCGGAUGGUACGAGAAUGUGGUGGAAAUAGAAAUCGUAGGUGCGAUGAUGAUUGGGGUGAAACGUUAUGGAAGGGGUGUUAGUGCACGUUUGCAGGGCUUUGUUGCCAAGAGUACCGUAGGAAACGAUAGUGUAGAUAAACCGGGCACCUACUACGAAGGUAAGAAUGCUUAUGAAUAUGAAAUGAUGAAGAGCGAGCAUCCUGAUGACCGUGGAAACGUGGCGGCUAAUGUAACGGGCAGUAUUAUCACUGGCAAAGAAGAAAUUGCUCACAAUAAUAGUUCAUUUGAGCUGAGCAGUGAACUAAAACAAUCGGUCCUUUGUAGUAGCUGGUGUGAUACGAUGUUGGAAAAUAAUGCGGGUGUUUGUGGAGAAAAAACGGGCAAAAAAUACGAUGAUAUUUGCACAAGCUAUGACUUAGAACGGAAAGAGAACUAUUCCAAUGCAGCGGUUGAAGAGAUUAUGAGCACGGACGGAAAGGCCAAUGAACUGGAUGAUGUAACCGAAAAGGAAAAUAGCGAGGAAAUAAAAACAGAAGAGCCUAAUUUUAUAGAAAUGACUGUUCUUAAGAAAUUUCUGAAGUAUGUUUCGAAUAGCAAAGAGCUUUUCAGCGAGCUGCCCCACUGGCUUGUAAGGACAGACCUGAUUUCCAAAAAAUUGAAGAACUUAGUACGGCAGCUAGGCAACGAUUACAUAAGAGAAUGUAUUAACAUGCUUAAUAAACAUAACUCGGUACUUGCAAGCAGUAAAAAUAUGAUAUUUGUUCAUGUCAAGAACGAGAACGAACUGAAAGGCGUGAUAAAAGAGAAUUGGAGGAUGCUGAGGAGAUUUGAAAGGCUGAUUUACCUUGAUCACGAUAACUACUUUUAUUUAAAACAGGGUGAUGGUGCGCCCAGAGAAAGGAUCGGGUGUAAUACGCAACACAAAAUACCCCUCAGUUUCCUAGAAAUGGCAUUCAGGGGCGAUGUGAUUGGCAACUCCUACUUUUACGGCCUGACAAAGAAGAACGUUGAUGUACUCAAGGUCUUAGAAGUAUAUGCGCUCAAAUAUCAGAGAAUAAAUGAAAUAAGAAGCAAUAUUUACAAGUUGUUAGGUCUCAAUGAGUUUAAAAUAGAGCAAAAUCAAACAAUACGUACGAGUGUAAUAUGCAUAUCGUGUAAAAAUGAAAAUAUUUUGGUAGUAAAUGAUAAAAUAAACAAAUGUAGAAGAUGCUUUAACAAGUUUGGUAUUGAAAGCGUAGAAAAUGCGUUAAUCAGUUACAUCUAUGAAAGGGUGCGAACCAAUGAAUAUGUGUGCGGUAGUUGUAAAAAUUAUUGUGAGAAAAGAUUAGCAAUGGAGUGCAUGUGCGGAGGGAGGUACCAAAAAGUAAUUACUGACUAUUCGUUCAUCAAGAACGUGGUAAAGACCAAGAAAAUGUGUGAUUAUGUUGAUGACAUAAUGGCAAAGGUUUGA